GUGCAAGAGAGGCAGAGUGAGUUGAGUCGAGUCCCAUAUGUGGAAAAAAAGCAUAGCGCUGCACACACGAGCCUGUCUGCUCCAGGGAUUAUCUAUCUGGUUCUGAAUUUGUGCGGAGGAAAUGCAGGGAUGAAUAGGGUUGGGUAUUGUGAAGUCCCAGUACAAGCACAGGCCAACGAUGGACUAUAGCCGGACAGACGCCAACCUGGGUUUUCCUGCAAAACUGUCAUCUUAAAAGAGACCCAGUUCGCAGAAUGCUGAGUCCCAUUGUCCCCUAUAGCCUAUUGAAGAUGCACUGGAAUCCGGAGCAUGCCCAGCCCCUUAGCCAGUGGCCUGAGCAGCAUUUGGACGUGUCGUCCACCACCUCCUCCCCCGCCCACAAGUCGGAGCUCUACCCGGGCCGUGGCCACGGCCGCGCCGGAGGCGCCUACAGCUACGCCUGGGCCAACGAUGACAUCUCGGCGCUCACCGCCUCCAACCUGCUUAAGCGCUACGCCGAGAAGUACUCGGGCAUGCUGGACUCGCCGUACGAGCGGCCCUCGGUGGGCGCGUACCCGGAGCCGGCGGGCGGCGCGGGCGGCUUCGGCGUCCUGAACGGCCCGAAGAGCGAGCUGGAGCCCUGGCCGCUGACGCACGCGUCCGACGGCUCCUACCCGCUGGUGGACGGGCUCGGGGGCCCCAAGGUGGUCACGCCGGCCUCGGUGGGGCCCCCUGGAGGCUCGUCGGUCAACGGCAGCCUGUCGGACUCGGCCUACAGCGGGAGCAGCUCGUGCAGCGGCCCGCACUCCAGCGACUACCCGCCCGCCUACAACGGCACCUACCUCUCGUCCGGCUACUGCCCGCAGCCCGGCUCCGCGCUGCCCCCUGCGGCCUCGCUUCACGCCCUGCAGCCCACGCCCACCCUGGUGCCCAGCUACGCGCCCUCCACGCCCGUCUACAACUACCCCCCCAGCACCUACCCCCACCAGACCAGCCUGGCGCCCAGCUACAGCCACCCGGGCACCCCGUACCUGCCCUCGGGGCUGGCGGCGCCCACCCCGCUCCCCUCGCGCCCCACCGUGGUGGGGGGCAGCUACGGCUACCAGACGUCCGGCCUGGGGGUCGGUUCCGAGUCGGGCCCGGGCUCCCUGAAGCGCAAGGCGUUCGAGAUGAGCCUGGACGAGGAGGACGGCGUGGACGGCGCGGCGCGCUACCGGAAGUACGGCUACGACCCCAUGAAGCCCGGCGGCGACGACUCGCCGUACGGCCUCGCCGACAAGACCGAGUGCCGCGGCAACAACAACGGCUUCUCCUCGUCCGCCGCCGACCCCCAGCAGGGCUUCAAGCCCGGCAAGCCCGGCCAGGGCGGCAUGGCCGGAGGAGGAGGGGAGGACGUGGUCAAGUACAGCGGACUCAAGCCCCUGGUGUCCCCCCAGUACGGCGCGGCCGGCGGCGACUACAGUCCGCCCGCCGCCAUGACCGGCGAGAACGGCAACGAGAACUUCUCGCAGCACCGCUCCGGCUCCCUGAAGCGCUCCGGUGGAGGGGAUGUCGGGGCUCCGCCGAAGGGCAUCGGCGCCGACCCGCGCGUGCUGGAGCUGGUGACGGGCGAGCUGCAGGACUGCGGCCCGGCGCUGCUGUGGGGCGAGCUGGCCGGCCACGCGCACCUGAAGGCGGCGCUGGAGGAGGAGCUGCUGUGGCCGGCGCUGAGGCCCAACCCGGGCGGCCACCACCACCGGGGCGGCGCUGCUCUGCCCCGGACCCUGCUGCUGUUCGGCCCGCGCGGCGGCGGCAAGACCACGCUGGCGCGCUCGCUGGCCUCGCAGCUGGGCGCCACCCUCUACCGGCUCAGCGCCGCCGCCCUGCUGGGCAAGUGGAAGGCCGAGGCGGAGCAGGUGCUGGCCACGCUGCUGGCCGUGGCGUCGGCCCGCGCGCCCUCACUCGUCUACGUCAGCGAGCUGGAGGCCCUGGAGGACGCCGAGGCCGGCGGCGUCCGGCAGCAGCUGCUGGCGGCGCUGGACAAGGCCCAGCACGGGCCCGGUGCCGGCGGCGGCUCGUCUUCCUCGGCGGGGGGGGCUCAUCCGCCGGUCUUCCUGGCGUGCGCCACGCGCCGGCCCGACCUGCUCAAGGAGCCGCUGCUGCGCGGCUUCGCCAAGCGCUACCACGUGGGCCUGCCGGACGGCGCGGCGCGGCGCCAGGUGCUGCUCCAGACGCUGGCGGCGGCCGGCUGCUGCGGCCUGAGCGAGCGCGAGCUGGCCGCCGUGCUGCAGCGCUCCGAGGGCUUCACCGUGUGCCAGCUGCUGCAGCUGUGCCAGCAGGCCGUGGCGUCGGCCGCCGGGGUGCCGUCCGGCUCGGUUGUGGGUGGCAGCGGGGGGGGUCUGCACAGCCUGGGCGGGGGCCCCCUCGCCGCCCCCGCCUUCAAAGACUUUGAGAACGCCUUCUGCAAGGUACGCCCACACAGCAGCCCCAAAGAACUGGACACUUGUAUGGAGUGGAGCAAGGUGUACAGCCAUUGAGAAACAGAGAGAGAGAGAAGAAAAGAGAGAGAGAGAGAGAGAGAGAGAGAGAGAGAGAGAGAGAGAAAGGGAGAGACCAGUCAGCCACUGUUUGUAGUCUGGGGGAGGACUGCUGCCGAUCCUAUCUUCUCUUUGCUUUUUCAUGUGCAAAGCCUUGUAGAGUUUUUUUUGUAACUACUUAAUGACAGCCAAAAGAAUGGGGCGAAGAUGGGGGAUUUCAUUCGGGUGAGGAGCCAUUUGAAUUGUUGUAGUGGGAGACAUGGUUUCUGUCCCUUAUAAAUAUACAUAUACUUUAUUUUUCCCAAAGAAAAAAAACAACAUAUUAGGCCUUUUCUUGGACAGGGCAAUUUGAGUUGUUUUGGCGGCUGACGUGAUGGGAGGUCUGAAUUCUUUACGUCGGGUUUUCACACCGAGUCCGAUUAGCCUUGAUCCUGGACUAAAACCUGGAGAUUUAGCCCUUAGAUUACGGAUAAUCAAGUUUAAGAAAAAAAAUCCCCACAGAUUGCAACUCUCAGGAUCCUAUUUAUUGCCAGUCCACUCCAGUGGCAUUGUAUUUUUGAAUAUGUUGUUUUACUUUUAAUUGAUCAUUUGGUAUUAAAAGGGCUUAGGAUAUAUUAGAGCAACUAUAUUGUUUUUUUUCUCGACCAAAAAAAAAAAAAAUGAUGAUCAAGAGUAACGUACAGGUCAAGAGUACCAUAACGCUUCACACCAACGUGUCACCGGCCCUUGGCGCAGUCCUUCACGAGAUCGCCCACUGCUUUCCUGAGCGCUCGUCCGACACGACGGCGUCGUGGAGCGAAGCACGUACUUCUACUGAGCAAAACACCAGACACUGUAGACCCGUCUGAGAGGGCGAACAUGUGUGCACUUUUUGUUGUUUUGUUUAUUUUCUCAUAAUAGCACGCGUCAACGUGUGAGCGUCUGUCGCACUGACCCUUCAGCAACUUAACGCAGCAACUUAGCGCAGGCCCACCGAACAGCACUGCUUAGCACAGCCACGGCCACAUGUAGAACGCAGCACAGUGCACACACACGCACGCACACACACACACACACACACGUACACACAGACAUGCACACACACACACACACACACACACACACACACACACACACACACUACGGUUCAGCUGAUGUUUCUAACCCCUCCACACCGACCAGCCCAAGACCACCACUCGGGUGCUCAGGUGGCUGCUUUUUGACGUUUGACUUUAGUUUUCUUUUGUUUUGUUUUGUUUUAUUGUUUUGUUCCUCUUAGUAUAUCUAGUCUGGUUUGAAAUACUCAGGAAAAAAUGUCUUUACCUCAGAAAUAAUGAAUAAAAAAGAAUGUAUGUAA